CCAAAUAUCCCUUGCGUUCAUAUUCCACUUUUUCUGUUUUUGUCUUCGCCCUCUCAUCCCUCUUUAGGGUUUCUGAAUUUAUUGUGGUUCAUUUUUCUUAGAGAUGAGUAUAGACGCUUCCCCUUUAAUAUGGUGGGUAAAUCUAUAAUUCUCCGACCAUUGAUUGUGAAAUCUUUAUCCCAUGGUUUUUUAUCGUGUUCAAAUGAUGAUAUAGUUCAUGUCUGUUUGGGAAAAAAAAGAGUGUGAUUUGUCUUGCGGUGUUUUUAGCUUCUCAAGAACUUCAGCCUAAAGUCUAGACAAUAAGAGGUGGAGAAAAAGAUAAAUCUUCAGCUGGUUGAAGCUGCACAAAGUCUCCGGUGAGUCGUUGUGUUUGAUCGUUGUGGUAUAUUUGUUCUGUUCAACGCUAUGUUUGAGUACUUGUCAUUCUAGGGUUGAUAACCAUCAUAUAUGUAGGGAAAUUUAAUCAUGGUAAGAGGCAAAGUUCAGAUGAGGCAUGAGAACGCGACCAGCCGGCAAGUCACCUUCUCAAAGCGCCGGACUGGACUACUGAAGAAAGCUUAUGAGCUCUCGGUCCUCUGCGAUGCGGAAGUUGCCGUGAUCAUCUUUUCACAGAAAGGAAGGCUUUACAAGUUCUCGAGCAAUUCUGAAAUCCGAAAGACAAUUGAUCGAUAUCGCAGAUAUACAAAUGAUGUGGAUAUGUACCAGGCUAAGAUGGAACAAUGUAUUCUGCAUCUGAAGCAAGAAACCAUGGAUAUGGAGAGGAAGAUCGAGCUUCUUGAAGUUUCUCUACGGAAGCUAUCUGGACAAUGUGUUGAAUCUUGCUCGAUCGAUGAAAUUCAACAGAUAGGGAAUCAGCUCGAGCGAAGUUUGAGCAGCAUUAGGGAAAGAAAGGCUCAAUUAUUCAAUGAUCAGAUACAGCAGUUACAAGCAAAGGAGAGGUUUUUGAAAGAAGAGAAUGCAAAGCUUCUUGCAAAGCGCUAUGCAAAUCCUUGGCAGUCAACGGCUCAUCCAAGAGCAGCAGCAAUACAUAGCCGGAGCAGCCGGAGUACAGAUGUUGAGACUGGGUUGUUCAUUGGAUUGCCGGAGAGUUAAAAGCUGGUUCGCCAUCACCAGACACAAGUCUAAUAAUAUCUGUUAAAUAGAAUAGUAUACGAAUUACAGCAAUAUCACUCGGUGACAUCUUUACUCAGCUGGAUUCUCCUUGGCACUAUCGCAACAACAUGUACAUGAGAUUCAUGGUAGUCUUAUUGAAAAUGAAUAGCGAAGGCAAAGAAAGAUCAGAUUAGAAAUGAGCAAUGACAAGGACAUAUACGAGAAAGAUUCAGAAACAAUGGACAUAACUUGCGUGCAGCUUGGGCAUUCACAUUUGAAUUACACAUCAGUCGAUUCCAAGAAAGAAACAUCUGUUGAGCA